GGACUCGUUACAAUUCAGAGCAGGCAGCCCGGGGACAGAAGUCGCGUAGACAAAACAGAGGGAAGCCCGCAAUGCUCGCAAUGGACAGGUCCGUGAAACUGGCUUCGGUCUUCGUUGCAGUUUCAGUGCUGAUUUCUUGCCAGCCCACAGCAGCAUGGUACAAGCAGGCGACCGGCCCCAGCUACUACUCGGUAGGCAGGGCGUCCGGGCUGCUCUCCGGGAUUCGAAGAUCCCCUUACAUUAGAAGAUCGGAGCCCGAAUUAGGAACAGAAAGUGCGGAGACCCCCGGCUCCAAUUUUGUUUCCGACCUGAACGGACAGCCAAGGCAAACAUCGAUUCUGAAAAACAUGGCCAUCUGCGUGAAGGACAUCUCCCCGAACCUGCAGAGCUGCGAGCUGCUCCAGGACGGCACGAACACCUUCCAGUGCAAAGCCGACGUGUUUCUCUCCCUCGACUCACAGGACUGUGCAAACGCGUAAAGCUGCGAGUCUCCUUGGACUGCCAGACCCGACUGAACACAAAGAGAACAAACACGAGCCUGGAGGAUGCCACUGAAUGUUCCACACUUGCACCAUCUGUGAAGGUGUGCCCCCUCCACCCCCAAACGCCAAGGUCCACACCCGCACCCCCUGACCUCCCCUUUGCUUCCACAUGUAUUAAAACAUCCCACAAUGUCUACUGCUGAGCAGGUUUCUGAGUAACACAAUUCUCUUGAAAAACAAUGCGGCGCCUAUACUGUGAAUAUGAGCCAUGUAUGCAUUUGUAUUAAUGUUCUAUUUAAAAUAUAAUUUAUUGAACGAA